AUGAAGCAGAGGUUCUCCAGCCUAGACGUCAAAGUCAUUGCCCACGAGCUCUCUGCGAAACUCACUUCGCUGAGAGUGACAAAUGUCUACGACCUCUCUUCCCGCAUCUUCCUGAUUAAAUUCCACAAGCCCGACCACCGCGAACAGCUUCUCAUCGACUCAGGGUUUCGCUGCCAUCUUACCGAAUAUGCGCGCACCACUGCUGCCGCUCCGUCUGCCUUCGUCGCCAAACUGCGCAAAUAUCUCAAGACGCGGAGAGUGACAUCAGUUGCUCAGAUCGGUACAGACCGUAUCCUGGAGUUCCAGUUUUCCGAUGGACUAUACAGGCUCUACCUGGAAUUUUACGCCGGGGGCAACAUCGUACUGACCGACGCCAACCUCCACAUCCUGUCUCUUCUGCGGAAUGUGGAUGAGGGCGCAGAACACGAAAAGCUUAGAGUGGGUCUGCAAUACAAUCUCUCACUAAGGCAGAACUAUGGAGGUGCACCAGAACUCACCAGCGAACGAGUUCGCCAGGGUCUUCAGAAGGCGGUGGACAGGCAGCAGGAGCAACCUGCAGCUACUGGUAAAAAGUCGAAGAAGUCCGGCAAGGACGCGCUACGAAAAGCACUGGCAACUUCGAUAACUGAAUGCCCCCCGCUACUUGUGGACCAUGCUCUGCACAACGCAGACUUCGACUCUUGCUUGAAGCCCGAACAAGUCCUCGCGGAUGAGUCGCUUCUCGAGAAGCUAGUAGUCGUUCUCAAGGACGCGCGGAAAAUCGCAGAAGAGAUCACCCAGCCCGAGCAGAUCAAGGGCUACAUUCUAGCAAAACCCAAUCCGGCAGUAGCGAGCACAGAAGACGCAUCAUCCGGAAAGGCUAAAUUUCUCUAUGAAGACUUUCAUCCCUUCAAAUCACAACAGUUUGAAAAUCUAGAUUACCAAUUUCUAGAAUUUGAUGGGUUCAACAAGGCUGUUGAUGAGUUCUUCUCUUCAAUCGAAGGCCAGAAGCUGGAGUCGAAGCUCACUGAGCGGGAGCAACAAGCCAAGAAGAAGCUGGAAAAGGCGCGCAAGGAGCAUGAGGAACGAAUUGGAGGACUGCAGCAAGUCCAAGAGAUGAACUUUCGCAAGGCUGAAGCAAUCUUGGCCAAUGUUCAUCGUGUCACCGAAGCCACAGAAGCUGUCAAUGGGCUGAUCAGGCAAGGGAUGGACUGGGUCGACAUUUCACGACUGAUUGAACGAGAGCAGGCCCAGGGAAAUGCUGUCGCACAAUCCAUUCGCCUUCCUCUCAAGCUUCACCAGAACACCAUCACGCUACUACUUAACGAGACUGAUUGGGAUCACGAGGAAGAGGAAGAAGACGAAGGCAAUGAGACAAGUUCGGUCAGCGAAGACAGCGAGGAGGAGGAAGAAGGUUCAAAGAAGAAGGCUGCGCCCACUAAGGUGACGCAGCAGCCACAAUUGGCAAUCGAUAUCGACCUCGGUUUAUCUGCAUGGGCAAAUUCUACAGAGUACUACGACCAGAAAAAGACGGCCGCUAGUAAAGAAGACCGUACUGCUGCAGCAUCGAGCAAAGCAUUGAAGAGCCACGAGAAAAAGGUCACAGAGGACUUGAAGAAGGGAUUGAAACAGGAGAAGGAAGUGCUUCGUCCCGUGAGAAAGCAGCAAUGGUUUGAGAAAUACAUCUACUUUAUCUCGUCAGACGGUUACCUCGUGCUUGGCGGAAAAGAUGCGCAGCAAAACGAGAUCAUCUAUAAGCGCUUUCUGAGGAAAGGAGACGUGUACGUACACGCGGAUCUCAAAGGAGCAGUUCCGAUGAUCAUCAAGAACAAACCAGAUACACCGGACGCCCCGAUUCCACCUUCAACACUAUCCCAAGCGGGCCAUCUAUCUGUUUGUACCUCAGAGGCGUGGGAAUCAAAGGCUGUUAUGUCUGCGUGGUGGGUUCGUAGUACUCAGGUUAGCAAGACUGGCCAGACAGGUGAAUUUCUUCCAGCUGGUAUGUUCAACAUCACUGGCAAGAAGGAGUUUUUACCGCCGGCUCAGCUCGUGGUUGGCCUUGCAGUCAUGUUUGAAAUCAGCGAAUCGAGCAUAUCGAACCAUCAAAAGCAUCGCAUUCAAGCAACAGCCGUUUCCGCGGCAGAAAUGACGGAGGAUUCCACAAAUGCCGAGGAAGAAAGGAACGAAGCCGAUAGUGAACAUGACGAUGAAUUUCCAGACGCCAAACUGGAUUCAGGUUCCGACGACGAUGAAUUCCCGGAUGCAAAAAUCGAUGAUGCUGAGGACAGUGACGCAGAAUCUGAGGCUGGUGCGUUGCGAACGAACCCCCUUCAGUCACACAAGAUGGUGGACAAACACGACUCGGAGACAGAAGACGACACAUCCCCCAAUAACAAGCCCGCAGGCACUGAAUCCCACGAUAUUCGUGAGGCGCCAGCUAAAGAAAGCACUGUUGAUGACGGCGCAGAAUCGGUUGGAAAGACUGACCCGACAUCUCGACGCCAUCUCUCAGCACGAGAGCGACGACUGUUGAGAAAGGGUCAGCAGCUGGAUGGUGCGGAUAUCGCAACGGGUCCCGGUUCAGCGGAUGAAUCUGUCCAUGGCGACCCAUCAGCGUUCACGAAACCACCCGCUACUGUGACAUCCCAAAGCAGCAAAGCAUCAGCACUACCUCGCGGUAAGCGUGGAAAAGCUAAGAAGCUCGCUACCAAGUACGCCGCGCAAGACGAGGAAGAUCGCGCGUUGGCUAUGCGUCUACUGGGCUCUCAAUCCGGCCAACAGGCCGCCGAAGCCGCAGCGCAAGAGAAACGUAAAAAAGAAGAACAAGCUCAAGCGGACAAGCAACGUCGUCGUGACCAGCACUUCCGCGCUCAAGCAACUGGUAAAGCUGCCGAAGAAGCCCGUCGCGUUGCCCUCGAAAACGCCCAAGAGGAAGAUGAUGAGGGCGAUGAAGUCCUACGGACCAAUCUCACGAAACUCAACGCUUUCACCGGCCGUCCCCUACCUGGUGAUGAACUCCUCUCAGCCAUCCCAGUAUGCGCACCCUGGUCUGCACUCAGUACUUACAAGUACAAAGCCAAGAUCCAGCCCGGUUCGACAAAGCGCGGCAAAGCUGUCAAAGAGAUCCUCACCAUCUGGGACCAUGCUGGUAAAGACGCAAAGGUAAUAGACAAGCUCAGCCAAGACGUCGAGCGUAUCUGGCCAAAGGAAAUUGAGCUCAUUCGGGGAUGGAAGGAUAUCGAGGUCGUGGGUAUCAUGCCAGUGAGUAAAGUUAGGGUUAUGAUUGCGGGCGGACGGCGAGGAGUAGAGAUUGCCAAGGGGAAGGGAAAGAAGAGUGCGAGAGGGGGGAGAGGAAGUAAAAAGAAGUAA